CACGUUACGUCGGAACAGCCGAGCAACUUCUGCGGUCUUCCCAAAGCAGCCAAAGCUGAGGAAAUGGCCGUUUAAAAGAUAUUCUCAUGUUUUGGUGACAGUGGACCACACAGGAUCUGAGAGGGGAGUCCGAGGUGUGACAGCUGGUGGCGAUAACAGUGUUGACGGCUGCAGGAACUCCACAUUAAACACCAGAAGAAGAAGAAGCAACAGGAGGUUGACGCUGGAGGAAUAUGGCGGACGGCAGCAGGUUGCCAACUGCCAAGUAAACGUCAAGCAAAGCGAAACCAAAGACGAGGGGCGGCUGCUGAGGGGACUCGUUUUAACGUUACAUGGAUAUCCGGGGCUCACUACGACUGUAAGCCCUCCGCUGAAGCCGUAUGGCGUCCACUCAAGCCCGGAUAGGCCAGCAGGCCUUAGCGGUGCUGGAUGUGGCUCUACGAGUUCCCUGUAUCUUUAUUAUCGACGCCAUUUUUAACUCCUACUACGACCCUGGUUCGGGAUGGGCCGGGGCGAUGGCCAAAGUGCUGGUCAGAGUCAUGGGUGUUCUCAUCUCCAGUGUGGUGCUGCUGCUCUCCCAGAAAGCCUUGUUCAAGUUCUACACCCUCUUCUUCGCCGUCCUCCUUGGCAUGGCAGCGGUGCUCAUAAACUACUACGCCACCUCCCACAUAGACUUCUACAGCGCCUACUACAAAGCGGCGCUGGGGUUCCGGCUGCUGCCUCGGAACGGGCCGACGCUGUGGCUGGGCAUGGCUGCGGUGCAGCUCGUCUUCGGCAUCGGCUACGUGUUCCUCCUCAACCUCCAGUCGGUGUUUGCCGCGCUGGUCGUCCUGGACAUCAUGAUCCCUCUGUGGGGGCUGAUGAUCGAGCUUCCCGCUGACGUCAGGCAGCUGGUGGCGGUGUUCUCGGGCCUGGCGCUGGCUCUCAACACGGCCGUCUGCCUGGCCAUGAGGCUCAAGUGGUUCUACUACUCGUGCCGCUAUGUCUACCUGCUCGUACGGCACAUGUACAGGAUCUACGGACUUCAGCUGCUGCUAGAGGACACGUGGAAGAGGAUCAGGUUCCCCGACGUGCUGCGAGUGUUCUGGUUGACCCGGGUCACUGCUCAAGCGCUGAUUCUGGUCUAUGUGGUCCGAGCGGUGAGGAGGGAGAGCGGAGAUGCUACAGGAGGCGCCACAGACGGGAGCUCUGAUGCACAAGGUUACCUGCUGAGCUGGGACGUGUUCUGGGAUUUAACCAGUAAUUUGAUCAUCUCUGGCUGUGAUUCCACCCUCACUGUGCUGGGGAUGAGUGCCGUCAUCUCCUCUGUUGCACACUACCUCGGCCUCAGCAUCCUGGCUUUCAUAGGUUCAACAGAGGAGGAGGACAAGCGUUUAGGCUUCGUGGCUCCUGUUCUGUUCUUCAUCUUGGCUCUGCAGACCGGCCUCAGCAGCCUGAACCCUGAGGAACGCUUGGUCCGUCUGAGCCGGAACAUGUGCCUUCUGCUGACGGCCAUCCUGCACUUCAUUCACGGCAUGACUGACCCCGUCCUGAUGUCCCUCAGUGCGUCACACGUCUCCUCUUUUCGCCGUCAUUUUCCUGUCCUGCUGGUGUCGCUGGCGCUCUUCGUGCUCCCUGUGGCACUCAGCUACGCCCUCUGGCACCACUACGCCCUCAACACCUGGCUGUUCGCCGUCACCGCCUUCUGCGUCGAGCUCUGCCUCAAGGUGGUGGUGUCUCUGACGGUCUACGGUCUCUUCAUGGCUGAUGGAUUCUCCAAUGUCCUGUGGGAGAAGCUGGACGACUACGUCUACUACGUCCGUUCCACAGGCAACAUCAUCGAGUUCCUGUUUGGUGUCAUCAUGUUCGGAAACGGCGCCUACACCAUGAUGUUCGAGUCGGGCAGCAAGAUCCGCGCCUGCAUGAUGUGCCUGCACGCCUACUUCAACAUCUACCUGCAGGCCAAGAACGGCUGGAAGACUUUCAUCAACCGCCGCACCGCCGUCAAGAAGAUCAACUCGCUGCCGGAGAUGCGCGGCGACCAGCUGAGUGACAUCGAGGACGUGUGCGCCAUCUGCUACCAGGAGUUCGCCACGUCGGCCCGCAUCACUCCCUGCCACCACUACUUCCACGCGCUGUGCUUGAGGAAGUGGCUCUACAUCCAGGACACGUGCCCCAUGUGCCACCAGAGAGUUUACGUCGAGGAGGAGAGCCGAGACAGGGCCGCCUUUUCCAACAACAACGGCGGCUACGCAGCGCCGCAGGACGCCGCUGCUGCAGGACCGCCAGCGCCAGGCGAGAACCAGGAUGGACAACCAGCCGCCGAGCUGCCGGUGGACGGAGCGGCGGCUGGAGCUCAGGCUGCAGGAGGAGUAGCGGAGCUCGACAACGACCUGCUGGAGGACAAUGACAGCAUAGAGUACGACGAAGACGAGUGGGGUACUCAGAACGGCAACACGCCGAUAGAAGAAGACUAUAUCAAUGACGACACAGACUCCACUGAGGACUGACAAGAGAAUAUCUAUAGAGAGAAAUAUACAUAUGUCUUUAUUAUAUUUAAGUUAAAAAAUUAUUAAAAACACAACUUCAGCAUCUUAAUUUGUUCUUGAAAAAUGUCAGGGAUGUCAUUCUCUUAUGUUUUUGUUAGUUUCUUUUUGGUUGAUUUUGAGUUUUACUCUAUAAGGGCUCGUGGAAAGAGUAACUGCUGCUCUCAUUCUGUGUGUGUGUCGAGUGUGUGUGUGCUGGGGCUGCGUAUUGUAGACCAAAAGCUCAUAUUGCUCCUUUAUUUUCCCCAAAUUAUUAGAGAUCCUGACAUACAUCUUGCUACGAGGGCACAGCUGUCUUCAUUAAUUUCCCGAUGCCUCAAAUUUGUUACACAUCAUUAAGUUCAAGUAAAAUAUCUGAUUUUCUGCAGCAGCAUCUGGGAGAUUCUGCCUCGUAGAAACUUUUCGUCCUUGUGAGCGGAACAACAUAAAAAGAAGCCACACUUUCUUUUUGACUUCCUUAGAUUUUGUCACUUAUGCAGCCCUGAAGUGUACUUGUGUGCAUAUGAGGAUAGUGUGUGUGUGCCUGCCGACAUGUAAUGUGCUCAGACGAUGUCUUAAAGAUGCGAUUCUUGUUCAAAAAAAGCUGGAGCGUUUAUUAACGGCACAGCUGUGGAGCGACUAAACAAACCGUAGCUUCUGUCAGUCUGCAAGAUUUGCAAGUUUGGAGUGCAGAAAUAGUUGGAAGCUAACUUUUGAAACCUACUGUCACUACUUUAUUUUCUAAUUUUGCCAAAAAUUGUUGGUAUUCAUCAAGAUAACGUUUUUUUUGUCAUGUCAGUGACGUUUACUGUGGUUGACGGCUGGUUUCUUGGCUUCACAAGGAUUUUUUUUGUGCGUUUAAAACAUCGAUUCCACUCGCAGUUCCUCAUAAACCAGCCUCUGACUUGCAGAAUGACAACAGCUCAUGUUUGUGGUACACUCGCACAACACUUUUGUCCUUAAAAACAUGCAAACUGAGUAUUUGUGAACUAGUCCAGAGAGAGAAUGAAGGCAGGGGAGUGAAGCAGCUUUCUCUGCCGAGAGGUUUGUCUGAUUUUUAAAAAAGUGACUUGCUACUGUAAUCACUGAUAUACCUCUUGUCAUUACUUACUACUGGUCUCUUGUGUGACCUCGCUUACAUAUGUGUACGUUGUUGUACAUAUAAUGAAACAAACACACGCACACUUUCUCCCUUCCAGAUUAGAGUUUUCCGAUGAUUUUCUUUUUUCCAAUUAUGCUACUUUUCCACAAAUCUCUUUCACAGAAAUCAGUGUUUAGUUUGGUUAAAUGCUUGUGUCAGACCCAGAAAUUGUUGGUUGUAGUAGGAGUGCUGGUUUGGAGGCGAAGCCGCAUUUGAAGCUGAGCUGUACUCCAAAAAACACAAAUGUAUUGGAUAAAAUAGUUAGUUUCUCAAUGCAGUAAAUGUUAGAAAAAUACAGUAUGAAAGGUGCCAGUUGUUUUGUCUGCUUGUAUUUCUUGAAAAUGGAAAAAAAGGAACCAUUUGUCAGUUAUUUUAUUGGGGAUAGUGGUAGGUGGAUGCCACAUUGUUUGGUAAAUGCACCUUUUUGUUUCUAAUCACUGGCACAGACGGGAGAUUUGUCAUUGUGUCCAACUUGGACAUCAAACUGAUGAGUGCACUUUUUCAAAGGCUCUAACUGUGUUUUAGUCUCAGGGUUCCGCUGCAGUGCAGGAAGAUGACUUAAAGCUGAAAAAUGUCUGGAACAACCUCCGAGGAACCAUUUCCUAAAGCUGUCAUUUCCUGUAAUCUGUGAUAUUUGUCGUCAUUUUGAGCUACGAGUAGCGGCUCCCCAGAAGUAGAUGUCCCAUUAAUCCAAAAUGUCAGACCACUGGCACAAAACGAAGCCCCAAAAAAUAUUUAGAAGAUUUUUUUCCCCCCUUUUUUUUGGCCAACACGGAUCCCUUGGUCACUACAGAGAUCCUCAUUGUGAAUUUGUUGGGUUUUUUUAAAAACGCAUUCAAGCACAACUCCACUAAGUAUUCUGUUGUUUAGACUUCCACAGCCUGAACGUUUUAAGGGUUUGCCUUCAAACUCAUGCUCAUUACUGUUGUAAUUACUGGUGGCAGAAAAUAAGCUGCGACGAAUCUGUAAACUUCUUUGUUGACGAUGAAAAAAUGUCGGGGGUUGAAUACGAUGAGAAAGCUGUGCUUUUUGACAUGUUUCAGCUGUGAAGGACUUUGAUUAUGAGUUUGAUUGUUCUGGAAGCUUUUUAAAAGGUAAAAGCUGUUCAUUUUGCCUUUUGUUUUAAAAAGAGAUUUAUGUAAAUAAAAUCAUCUUUGAUAUUG